UCAAACUUUCGCACGCGACAUCUUUUCCCUCUCGCUCCCCUGAAAACUAAACCUUCUUCCAGAACUUCUUCCAGAAUGAAGAUGGCAUCCCCGCCAUCCACUGCCUGUCGCUCAUGCCCCGCUUCACUCAGGACGAUGGCGAGGGUACGGGCUUAGAGGCGCAUCUCCCCCCGACCACCGCGCAGUAUGUCUACCCCAUGCUCAUCGCCCUGGCCUGGUGCAACGCCAUCGACCUCAUCGUCCUCUGCCUGAACACCUUCAAGCGCUACGAGGGAAGCUACUUCUGGAGCCUGUUCGUCUCCUCCGUCGCCAUCAUCCCCUUCGGCCUCGGCUACAUCCUGCGCCUCUUCAACAUCUCCUUCUCGCGCGGCUUCCUCGAACUCGCCAUCGUCGAUGUCGGCUGGAGCGCCAUGGUCACCGGCCACUCGCUGGUCCUGUGGUCGCGACUGCACCUAGUCCUGCACCGCGAGCGCGUCCUCCAAGCCCUGCUCUACCUCAUCCUCUUCAACGGCGCCCUCAUCCACACGGCCUGCUCCGCGCUCGAAAUGGCCAACAACGCCCUCCCGGACUCCCCGCGCGUCACCACCGGGUUCGGCGUCAUCGAGCGCAUCCAGCUCGUGUGGUUCUGUCUGCAGGAACUCCUCCUCUCGGCCAUCUACAUCCGCGAGACGGCGAAACUCCUGCGCCUCGACCGCGGCGGCAUCUCGCGCAGCGUGCUGUCGCAGCUGCUCGGCGUCAACGUCGUCAUCAUCGUCCUCGACCUCUCCGUCGUCGCCAUCCAAUAUGCCGGCUACUUCACCUUCCAGGUCACCUUCAAGGCGCUGGUGUAUAGCAUCAAGCUGAAGCUGGAGUACGUGAUCCUGGGGAGGCUGGUGGAUGUGGCGCAUAUCCGGUCGCAGGGGGAGACGCCGCGAUUUAGGUUUUAGACUGCAUAUAUAUUUGCUUAGACAUAGACUUGUUGAUAGCUAAAGCAGCG